AUAUUAUCGUCAGGACAACCAGUCACGGUAAUGGAAGACCCCUGGAGAGCUAAUCGCUGCUAUCCAGCCCUGAACUCUUCAUGUACAAAGUUUGUCAGGUCACAGGCACUUUACAUCAUCAUGUACAUAUUUUUGUCUUCAAUAUCUGUGUCCACUGUUCUUCUAAAUUUGCUGGUGAUCAUCUCGAUUUCUCACUUCAAGCAGCUUCACACUCCAACCAACCUGCUGAUCCUCUCUCUUGCUGUGGCAGAUUUAUUGAUCGGACUGACUGUCAUGCCUGUGGAAGGGUCACGAUUAAUUGAAACAUGCUGGUAUUUUGGGGACACGCUGUGUAACAUAUUUCCGUUCAUUUAUUCAGUGGCUAUUGCAGGAUCUCUGUGGAGCCUUGUAUUAGUUUCCAUUGAUCGUUUCAUUGCCAUCAGUGAUCCUUUAAGGUACUCAUGGAAGGUCACACACAACAAAGUAGUUAUAAUUGUUGUUCUUAGCUGGUGUUUUUGUCUACUUUAUAUUUUCUUCUUUCUUUAUGACCACCUUACUGAAAUGGAGCCUCACAGGACAUGUCACGGAGAGUGUCUGUUCACAGUCAGUUUCUCAUGGAUUGUUGGUGAUGUUUUUGUGUCAUUCAUUGUGCCAUGUUCCACGGUUAUAAUUUUAAACAUGAAAAUAUUCUAUACAGCUAAGUAUCAUACAAAGGUGAUUAACUCUUUGUGUAUGUGUAUGAUCUCGCAAUGGCAGAGCUGA